UAACCGGUCAUUUUCGAUGCUUGAACCCAAUCAUGAGUUUCAGGUAGGUCAUUUAUCUAUAACUAAUUAACCGGUCACAUCUACUGCCAUGUGGUGAUGCUACACAGACAUGUGCCACUCUCAGUUCCUAAUGUAAGCUUUCCAUGAGAGGCACAUGGAAGCUUUGCAAUUGUUUUUUUCUCCUUCAUUAUUGAGUGGUACCAAGAUUUCAGAUUUCUUGCUCCCCGAAACGUGGUAUGAUCUCUCUUCAGAUCUCAAUAUCCACUGAAAAGAAAUAUGCAAAUCUGGGCAUUUGAUGAAAACAUGAUCACCGAAAAUCAUUUAGGACUGAAUGAUCUUCCCUAUUUUUAGAUACUUCCCCCCUUCUCUGAAAUACAAGGAGAAGUCACUGACCAACUGAAAUGUCUACUGAAUCUGAAUUCUUCACAAGUCACUCACUGCUUCACUGCAUUCAGUUUACUCUUCCCUGUCAGCUUCUGAAGACCUGCAAGCCAGCAAAGACUGAAUUUUUUGAGUGAAAGACUGAAAUCUCACUCGUCAGGUCAAGGGUCUCUCUCAAAUUAGCACUAAUUCAAACCAACGGAAUCUUGAACUCAUAACUAAAUCACGGAUUCCGAGAUAUCGUUGUUCGUUGGGCGGCGGCGCGAGGAUCAUGAGCAUGUGAUGGCACUGUCUGUUGGGAGUUAGAUAAUGCCAAGCUGACAGUAUCUGAGGCACUGUGCAAGGUUAGUUGCCAUGCAGAUGCAGCCCUAACUACCUUGUGAUCAUGGCAUUCAGUCAAGUCAAAACACACACACAAAGAUGAUUGCUCAACACCUAUAAAUGGAGGAGCACACCUCACCUGUUCUUCACUUCUUCCAUAGCUGCAUUGGCAAUUUGGCAUUUGCUGACAAGUGUACAAGACCACACAGCUUUUCUACUACAUUUUCUUGGGUUUCUUGAAUGGCGAACGCGAGUGUUCCUAAGCCGGCGAAGCGCCUGUCGCGCAAGAGGAGCUUCAGGCUCGGCCUGCCGCUGCUCUGCGGGCAGUCCGACGUGGCGAGCCCACGCGGCGGCGGCGGCGCCGCCGCCGCCGCCCGUUCGUCGUCGUCGGGGAGAAGGCAGGGCGAGCUGCACAGGAUCUUCCAGCACUUCGACAGGGACAACGACGGCAAGAUCUCCGGCGCCGAGCUGAGCGCGUUCUUCGCGUCCAUGGGCGACGAGAUGCCGGCGCCGUCGCCGGGCGGCGGCGGCGCCGCCGCCGGCUACAUGCUCGACUUCGCCGGAUUCGUUGCCCUGAUGGAGAGAGGUGACAGCCAAGAAGAGGACCUGAGGAGCGCCUUCGAGGUGUUCAACGCCGUCGAGUCCGCCGGCCGGAUCACGGCGAGGGGCCUGCAGAGGGUGCUCGCGCAGCUCGGUGACGAGCGGUCGGUCGCCGACUGCGAGGCCAUGAUCAGGGCCUACGACGUCGACGGCGACGGCGGCCUCGACUUCCAUGAGUUCCAGAGGAUGAUGAGCUAAGUCCAUGGAAUGCCUCAGCUUGAAGCUGCUACAGCGAGUGAGUGACUCAGCGAGGUGUUUUUCAGUUUCAGAGUCCUGAGAAAAUUAUACUGCUACUAUAGGUUGUUGAUAAGUCUGCUGCAUCCAGAUGACACAUUGCAGAUUGUUUACAGGGCAGAAGAGUUCUUCAGAGCUCUUUUGCUUGCCUGGAGCAAAUUUGUUGUUGUCAUCUUGAGUUGUUUGGUGUGCCACACACUUAAUCCAGUGUAUCAGUAAAGUUACAGUUGAUUUCCUUCUUUCAAAAGAAAAGAAACAGUUACAGUUGA